AUGAAUAUAAGAAGGUAUGUCUAUCAUGACGUUUUAAGGCUGGGCGAUGCUGAGAAAUUAAUGGACUGUGCUUUUGUUCAAUCUUACACCACAAACAGUGCAAAAGUGGUAUUUUUAAAUCAAAGGCCACAGACAAGGUUAUCAAGGGGCUCCGGCAACAUCUGCAUCACCUGUGACAGAGGCCUGCAAGACCCAUAUCUAUUCUGUUCUCUCUCCUGCAAGCUUCAAUACAUUCUCAGAACCGGAGAUGAGCUUUCAAGGUACAUUCACAAGCGUGAGCACAUCACUCUGCCUGAACCGGGUUUGGAAGAUGGCCAGAUGACACCUGACUCGGUUCUCGAACCGGCCUGUUCGGUGAGGACGUCGUCUGGGACUAGUGGCAGUGGUGGCACCGCCGGUGAAGUGGGCUGCCGGACAAUUGCUUGUACGGCGACAACUGAAAUUGUUAGGAAGAAACGUAGCAGUGUUUCGGCGUUUCGGGUGGCGUGUCGGCCGAUUUGUGCACCGGUUUCCGAAAUCUCCGCGGCUAUGAUGAACCGGCGGAAGGCACUCUUGAGUGAGAAGUUCUUCAACGCCUGCAUAAUUCACGAAGAAGCUAAAAAGAAUGAAAAAAACAUCUUUUGUUUGGACUGUUGCGAGAGCCUUUGCCCUCACUGCUUGACCCCUCACCGCUCUCACCGUCUUUUACAGAUAAGAAGGUAUGUCUAUCAUGACGUUUUAAGGCUGGGCGAUGCUGAGAAAUUAAUGGACUGUGCUUUUGUUCAAUCUUACACCACAAACAGUGCAAAAGUGGUAUUUUUAAAUCAAAGGCCACAGACAAGGUUAUCAAGGGGCUCCGGCAACAUCUGCAUCACCUGUGACAGAGGCCUGCAAGACCCAUAUCUAUUCUGUUCUCUCUCCUGCAAGCUUCAAUACAUUCUCAGAACCGGAGAUGAGCUUUCAAGGUACAUUCACAAGCGUGAGCACAUCACUCUGCCUGAACCGGGUUUGGAAGAUGGCCAGAUGACACCUGACUCGGUUCUCGAACCGGCCUGUUCGGUGAGGACGUCGUCUGGGACUAGUGGCAGUGGUGGCACCGCCGGUGAAGUGGGCUGCCGGACAAUUGCUUGUACGGCGACAACUGAAAUUGUUAGGAAGAAACGUAGCAGUGUUUCGGCGUUUCGGGUGGCGUGUCGGCCGAUUUGUGCACCGGUUUCCGAAAUCUCCGCGGCUAUGAUGAACCGGCGGAAGGGUACGCCUCACCGGUCUCCACUUUAUUGAUUUAUGUACGGAAGAGUGAUGAAGAGAGAGAGGGGGAGGGUUUUGGGACAUGAUUGGUAUUUUUUGGUAGUUCAAGGGCAUUAAAGGGUUAAAAAAGAGGCCUCCCAAUUUUGCAGUGUAUACACUUCUCUCUUGCUUAUCUGUUACUUUAUUCAGG